AUGGUGAGCAAUCAGCCCUACAACGGUUAUCAGGCGCCUCCGCCUCCGCCAGGCCAGGCUCCACAGCAGUCUCCAGUGCAUUAUUCUCAGGGUCCAAUCCAGCAAUUCCCUCCCGCUCAACCUUAUCCGCCUGGUCAACAGCCCAACUACCAGGCGCCUCCAGGUUAUCAACACCAAAUCAGUCACGUCCAACCUCCGCAAGCUCCUCACGGUCAAUAUCCUCAGCCUCAUCAAUACCCUCCAGUUCACCAACCGACGUACCAGUCGCACCAUCCAGGACAUUCAGUCAGUCAAGCUCCCCAAGGCCAGGGCCAUCCUCAGCAAUAUGCCCCCGCCCAGCAGCCCAACUACCAGACCUCGCCAUACGGUGUCGCAGCACCUCCAACUCCAGCUCAGCAUCAGCAGCAAUACCAGCAACAGGCUGCUCAAUUUGCUACCCCGCCCUCAGCACAGGGCCAGCUGCAGACGACUGCGCAGUCACUGCUAAAGUCGGGAAAAGGCUUCCUUGGCAAUCUUGCAAGCAACAUCAAGUCAAAAUACCCAAAUAGCCCGGUUCCCACCAGUUCAACGACUUCAUACACUGGUGAGCCACCCAAGCCGACGUACAAUCCUGCGCAGCAUCCUACGCAGACUCCUAUUAGCCCUACAAACUCUUUCCCGUUGCCGUAUGGUCAAGCGCAACCUCAGCCUCAGUUGGGACACCCACACCAUACGCCGCCGACACCACAGCAGAGCGUCUCGCCUGCAGCCUCAGGCUACCCUCCGAUUCCGCACCAAGCACCACAUGUCGCAUCUCCUGUUCAGCAUCAUCCAGGCCUUCCCGGCCAAAAUCCACAGCCUGGAGUUGGGCCCGCUCAAUAUGCUCAGCAGCAACCGCAUCAACCGCAACACUAUCAGCCGACCGGGCACGCUGGUAUCCCAGGCGCAAUUCCUCAACACGUCCAGUCUCCUCCGGUAGGCGCCGCACCCUAUCCUCAACCUGUAUUGCACCACCAGCAGUCGAACCCAUAUCAACCGGCACCUCCGCCGCAAGGAAAUUAUCAUCAUACGCAGCCCAUAAGUGCUGCUGCUUCCCCCAGCCAUGUACAAAGCCCUCACGUUCCCUCACCGCAACAACAGCACCAGAGCACGGCUCCUCAGAUCAACCACCAUGCAUCAUGGCCACAGCAGGCGGCGGGCUCAAAUGGCUCAUUCAAUCCAGCGGCAUCACCGCCAACAUCUCAACCUGUUCCUCAGAUAGCUCCUCACAUUGGAUCGCCUAGCCACCCGCAGCUACACCAACAGUCACAGUAUCACCAGCAACCUGGUGCAAUCAGCGUAUAUGCGACGACAUCUCCAGUACCCGCCUCUCAACCGGUGCACAAUGUAGCUCCACCACCGAGCCAUGCACAAAGCCCAUCUCAGGCAAUGCCACCACAGCAGCAGUACUAUCAGAGCCGCGUCCCACAAGCACAGGUUCACCAUCAUCAACAGCAGGUAGGGAUUGUACAACCUAAUCCAGAGAUUCCAUCGAUGGCACCAUCGGCACCUCAAACUGUAUCUUAUCAAGCAGGCCAAUACGACCCAGCUAGCGUAGCACCACGUCCCUACCAGACUCAAUCGCCACAUCAGCAACAUCAAAGCCCCGCUUUACAACAGUACCCAAGCACAACGCCAUUAUCGCAAGCACAGCAAGGCGCUCAGCUUCCCCAUGGACACCAUCAACCCGAGCAGUCAGUACAGGCUGGAGGCGGACCAGCCCCAGCAGUCACACAGCAAUUGCCCACCUACAGCCAGGAUCACAACUACCCUCCUGAAUCAUUGCAGCAGCAGCCAAGUGGGAUGCAUUCCGGACCGAUACAAGCAACCUCUCAACCUCAGACAUACAACCCAGCUAAUGGCCAACAAGUUCCCCAAGCACAGUACCCACAGAAUCCUCAGCAGGUCAUUGCUAGUCCUGUCGAUCAGCAGCAUUACGCAUCACAUCCACCCCAUCUUCGUGAGCAUCCCGAUACUACAAGCAUCGCCCAGGCUCCUGGGAGCUCCUCGGCAGCAGCAGGAGGUCAGACCUAUCAGCCAUACCAACCAGCUGAUCAGUUACCGAAUCUCAAUCAGCCAGCGGUGCUUGCAAACAAUCCCAAUCCUGAUCAGUCUGCCUCAAACGGAUACCAACAAGAUCCCCUGGCCUCUCUCUCGACUCAAAUGAGCAACCUCAAUGUGCAAAAUGUGCAUCAACAACCAGCAGCGCCAGUCGCGUAUCCAGUGUUUGGUCAAGAUGGGCCUCGAGGACCACCACCUUGCCAAGCGAACGGAAUGGCCAGUGAUACUCUACCAUUCUGCCCUGAGGAGAGGACCGUGGCAUAUCCACUCGACUGGUAUCGUUUCAUAGCUGUUCCGCAGUGUGUUAUUUGUACUCGGUGUUAUUUUGAUCAUGUUGCGGGUUCCAAUCUUGCAGGGCAUUUCGAACGGUACCACUCUCCAGAAGGGGUAGAAUCGUCUUGCGACUUCUGGUGUUCUCGGGUAAAGGAGACCCUCUGGCCACAAGCUUUACAAACCAAAGACAUCACACCUCUACAUGCGUACAUGGAGAAGAAGAUGACCAUACUAGCUUGCAAAGGACGGGUUUGGAGCACAGGCGCUGAUGGGGUUAAAUGGUGGGGGAUGGUCAACAACGACAUUGAUGGUUUCAUAUCCUGCGAGGCUUGUUAUGAAGAUAAUGUUGUCGGCACGGCUUUUGAGUCUCGCUUCUCACCUCAUCGUCCCCAAGGUCAAGAUGAAAAGUGGAUGUGCGAUAUGUGCAUUCCUUACAUCGCGAAGAUGGCAGUCAAGAUGUCCAAAUCCAAUAACUGGAAUGGUUUUGUUGAAGCUGCAAAGGGACGCAUCCAUCUGCCAGUGUGUGAGGGUAGGGAUGAGGAGUCCAACAAUGGCCACUGGAUUCUUCCCCGCCGGAGGAUCAAGGAUAUGACUAUUUGCGAAGCCUGCUACCUAGACAAACUCGCACUCACACAGUUUGGGAAUGAAUUCGAGCGACAUCAACGGGCGGAGGGCUUUGAUGCCUUUGUGGAGUCCAUUGGCCAAAGAUGGAAGUGUAGCCUGACCGACACUGCUGUCAAUAUGAGCAUUGCGCUCGAGGCAGCUAUUUAUCGAAGAGAUUUCGAGGUCUUCUGGAACGCGGCGAAUGCUAUAUGUAACCUCGUCCCUUGUACUGAACACGGCAUCGUCCGAGGAACUUGGUGGACCGUUUCUGGAGGAUGCCCUGAUUACGAUGUCUGUGAAGCUUGCUACAAGGGUAUAGUCGAGACAUCUAAUCUCGAGAGAUUCUUUGAGUCUGUCCAACGGGAUCCGACAAUCGAUAUAGUCUGCAAUUUCUGUCCCAAGAGUCCUCGAUGGGGUAUGUUCAUUACCAAGUUCGCCGAAGCUAUUGACAAGGGAGUCUUCAGCUACUACACAGACUACGUCAAGAAGUGGGCGGGCGUACCAACUUGCCCCGGUAUCAAGAACAGAGAGAAGAGUAAGUGGUGGGGCUACCCAGAAGCCCUUGCUUGUCAAAAUUGCUGGCUCAGCUUUGUCGCCGACACGCCUCUUGGUGAAUCAGUCCCAGUCAAGGGCGUGUACGAUGAGCGAACCUUGAUAUGUCAGCUAUGGUCUCCCAGGAUGCGCAACAUGUGGCUUUCAGCCUGCGCCGCUGGCCCUCCAGGUUCGCCAGAGUCUCAGAAGGCUCUCGAUAACUUCCGUGCAUUCGGAACCCGUCGUGUACAGGUAUAUAACGCAACAGUACCUCACGUGGAGAUGAUUCUACAGAUGAUGAACAUGAAGACAAUGCAAGCUAUGCAGCAGGGCCAGUUGAGUUUGAUGUAUCAGGGAAUGAACAGCAUGGCCGCUAUAUCGGGGACCACUGAUGGAUACCUGCACGGGAACAGCUCCAUUGGAUACUAUGAGACUGAGAACGGAGUCACAGCUGCUAACAUGAUGAACAACAUGCAUUCUGGGAUGGCUGAUGCGAACAAGAUGGGCGAUUGGAUGCAGAUUGAACGGUUUAGAGCGGCCUGGAUGGAGGUGGAAUAA